AUGUUGACUGGAGCGCUUAUCGUGCUCCCGUGGGUUGCACUCUCUUGGUAUCAGAGACAGUGCGCCCAAACGGAAGAGACAGCAGGUGGAAAGACCCUAAAUCCCACGUCUAGCGCCCCCAUCGCCCAGAUCAAUCAGAAGGCUUGCCUUCUGACUGCGAUAACUCUAAUAAUUUUCGGCAGUGGCCAGAUCCUACGCUCCCGUGCAUCAGGUAACUCGUCCAUUCAACUACCAGCCAUCAGCGCAAGAAAUGUACAAGCCUUGAUCACGCAGAUCAUCUCAGUCGGACUUCCCAUUCUUGCGGCUCUGAAAAUCGGAGGCUUCUUGGUUGCGUUUGCGCUGCUUCUGGCAACCGCAUCAGGGGUCCCGGCUGCUCUUGAAAAAGACCCGCGUCAUAAAGAGCGCUACAGCAGAAAGAUUCUAUCAAUUGCACUUAUUGCCGUUGCUGUCAUAUCGAGCAUUCUCAUCCUAAACAAUCCUUGGGGCUCAUCUCCAAUCAUUGGGUAUAUCGCAAUUUUGGUGUCGACGUUCGUUUUCCCACCUCCAUUCCCCUCUCUCCGUUCUCAAGGGCCCAUUCUGGAGCCAGGGCUCGUUGCCCCCAAGGCCUAUGACCACUCCUCAUCUGUAGUGGUCACGACCAAUGCGCCAUUGGCCGUCAUCUCUGGGGUUUUCCUUGCCCUGUUGUCCGUUCUCCUCAAUCAAGGUCUUGUGUUUGGUUCCUCGGAUUUGAUUCUCGUUGGAAUCCCCACCAGCCUCUUCGCUGCCUCCCUUGUUGCCUCGCGGCCUGAGAGUCUACGUUCACAGGCGAAGUCGGGACUAGCGGUCUUCGCUGGAAUUGCAGCUUUACUCUGUGCGCCGCAUAGUCAAGAUGAUCUGCUUGUGGUCUAUUCCACUCGUGCCAUGUUCACAAUGGCCGCUUUCUUCGCUUCACGCAGGGAUGAUAGCCACUUGCACGUGGAUGCGCAUGCCCAUAACCAUUCUCACAGCCACAGUCAUUCCCACGCUACCUCAGAGGCUACCGGGAUAUCCAAGUGGCUCCUUCACAAAAGCGAAUCAUACCCAUUGCUGCACAGCAUUCUGAAGGAAAAGGACUCGCGUAGUAUCUUCUACUUCAUGUGCCUGAACUUCACCUUCAUGCUUGUUCAACUGUCGUAUGGAUUCCUGACUGGAUCAUUAGGACUUCUGAGUGACAGUAUUCACAUGUUCUUUGAUUGUCUUGCCCUAGUUGUUGGUUUAUGCGCUGCUGUCAUGAGCAAGUGGCCUCCAAAUGCUCGGUUCCCCUAUGGCUACGGCAAGGUAGACACCUUGUCAGGAUUUGCCAAUGGCAUUUUCCUCAUGAUCAUCAGUGUGGAGAUUAUUUAUGAAGCUGUGGAACGCCUUUCGUCGGGAAGCGAAAUGCACCGUAUUGGCGAACUGUUGGCAGUCAGUAUCGCAGGACUCGCUGUCAACCUGGUCGGGAUUUUCAGUUUCGAGCAUGGCCAUGCCCACCACGGUCAUGACCAUGGCCACGAUCAUGGCAAUGAGAAUAUGCACGGCAUUUUCCUGCAUAUUCUGGCCGAUACCCUUGGAUCAGUGGCUGUCGUGAUCUCGACAAUCCUAGUCCACUACUCUGGGUGGUCAGGCUACGACCCCUUGGCCUCCUGCUUCAUUGCCAUACUGAUCUUCGUGUCGGCCGUUCCUCUGGUGAGCAGCACAGCCAAAACCCUGCUGCUUACCCUGCCCGCCGAUACCGAAUAUAACGUUCGAGAGACCCUCGCAGGGGUCAGCACUUUACGAGGCGUGGUCAGUUACACAGUACCUAAAUUCUGGCUUGAUGACACUGGGGCGGCCUCCUCUGGACACAGCCAUUCGCACGACCAUGCCAGCCAUGGGGCUUGUGGGGGCGGCCACGAUCACAGUCAUGGUCAUGGUCACCACGGUCAUGACCAUGACCACGGCCAUCAUCACGACCACGGCCACGAUCACCAUGGUCAUGACCACGAUCAUGAUCACGACCAUCACCAUGACCAUGAGAAGAAGCCACAAAACGUGUUUGGGGUGAUUCAUGUUGUUGCGUCCCGGGGUGCAGACCUGGAAGAUGUCCGGCAACGAACUGUUGACUUCCUUCGAGAAAAGAAUGUGGAUAUCCUGGUCCAGGUCGAGCGGGAUGGUGAUGCGCGCUGCUGGUGUGGUGUUGGAAGCAAAGGCUUCUGA